CCUCAGUUUAAGCUAACUGGCCGGAUAACUGAUGCAUUUUUCUGAGAAGAUCAUGACUAUGACGACCUCAUGAACACCUCCAUCUUUGUUCCGCUUCUUGUCCCUCAGUGUGUGUUACAUGAAGUCAUCACUGAAUGGAGACCUUCAUAUUUGACGGUCUGAUUGUGCGCUUCCUCAGUAACGCAGAGCUGCUGCCUCAUCAUUCUGCCGGCGCACAAACACGUGUAAAGAGCACAUUUUGCAGAAGCAAUAACAACCUGGGAUUAUUCUUAGUUACACUUCGCCAUUUUUAUCCAGCAUGGCGAAAAAUAAGAGGAAAAGGAAACUGAAGGAACAGGACUUCCAAAAGGUGAAGCUGAAAGUCGGAAAGAAGUUACAACCUGCUCAGAAUGCGACUGACACCUCGUUCAAAUCGAGAUCUGUUUUCAUCCCAAACCAGCUUCAGAAACUCGACAGUGAACCAACAAAUCAAAGAAAUCAAACCCUGAAGGAUUUACUUGCCCAAGUGGGCCAUUACAGUGUCACAAUGAGAAAGGAAGCACUAGUUGGUCUUAAGGAUCUGUUUCAGCUCCAUGAGAAUCUUCUGGAAGAAAAUCUUGGAAUUAUAACCAAAAGAGUAGCCGAGAAAAUGACAGACAGCGACCCAUCAGUUCGGCAAUCACUUCUUCUAUUAUUCUGUUUUAUAUUUCCAUUGGUACCACAGGAAAGGAUGGCCCCAUUUUCUCCAAUCGUCAUGGCUCACUUAAGCUGUGCAAUGACACACAUUUAUGAUGACAUUCAGCAUGACUCGCUUGGUUUUCUAGAACUGUGUCUUCAAUACUUCCCAACUUUAAUGGUGACUAGUUCUUCACAGCUGAUUCAAAACUUUGUUGGCAUGAUUUCAUAUCAGGGCACUUCAGGUACUAAGAAGUCAAAAGGAUUAAAGCAAAAAGUAGGAAAAGGACUUUCUGUGAAUCCAAAGGGAAAACUCUCUUCUUUAAGGUCACGUUUAAAAGUCCUACAGCAAUUGUUAGCUUUUUUAAAAGCCUUGGAAUCUUCUACAAAUUCUUGCCAAGCAGAAAGCUCUUUUACAUCAAUGAACCAUGUUGAUGUAUCAAGCAGCAAACCCAUAUUUCAUUUUCAGAAGCAUCUACCAACACAAAUUCAGGUUUUGCAGCAUUCUGUUGAAGAACCAAUGUUACUACCCUUCACCUUUGACAACACCGUAACAUUUGGUAUGCAAUCAGUUAACACAGGAAGUGAGUCCAAUAUUUUAACUGAUGGCCAAAAAACGAAAGAUUUCAUGGAAACAAUUGUGCCUUUACUGUUGGAAUGCUGGGUUGAAUGUAACCCUGCCCAAGUGACAACUGGUCUCCCAGACAGUGUGAUGUCUCCUUCAUCCAUCAAUGUCAUGUUAGCUAUAGCAGAAAUUUUCAAAGUUAUUUUCAAAGCAGCUGAAAGAAAUCAAACAAAGCAUUCCAACAUCCUGGAGCAGACUAAAGUUGAAAACUUCCUGCCUGAUAUAUACAGAGAACUUAAUCAUCACUUUAUGAGCCACUUUCCAUUCACAGCAUGUCAUACUCCAUUGCUUAAGAAAGAGAAAAAGAAGUUUGGAAAAUCAUCUCAACAGGAUGUGGGAGAUAAAAUCAGUUCUUCUGUGUUAACUCUAAACCUUGCAAUCUGUGAAGUAAUGCUACAGUUUGUAAGAAAUGAUGUUGCUUUAAAGAAGAAGUAUCAUUCUGCAGUUCAGAAACUUGAAGACUUUGUUAUAGAAUCACUGCUGUUGAAGGCAAAAGGAGGUGCUUGGGCUCAACAAUUUCAGACAGAGCAUGUGGAGAGUUUAAUCAAGUUUGCUCAUCAGAUUCUUUGUGGAAAACAAGAUUCUGAUACAGCAAGACAACUGCUCAGUGCAACUUUCAACUUGUACCAGUCCAGCCACAUCAUGUGUGGGACAAAGAAGAUGCUGAUGGUGUUUUUUAGCAGCCUUGCAUUUCCUGAGAACCCAGAUGUGUCAAGACAUGAAGAGGUACAUGCAGUGGUUCAGAAAUGGCUCCAAGGAUUGCCAAGUGUGUUGCUGCUGUUGAAGGAUGCCAGCCCAAGCAUGACAGAACUUGUCCUUAGAGACAUGAAAAAGGCAAUGGUGCAAUGUGUCCCACAACCAGAUCACAACUUUUUGGCUCAUCUGUCCUUGUUCUUUUGUGGGUUUUCUGAUUUGUAGAAAUCUGUGAUACUUUGAGUAUAAAUU